CAAACAAAUCGAGUGCACUCUAGAACAUCCUCAAUUAAAAAAUUUGAUGUCUGGAAACAUCAAGAAAACUUUUCCUCGGCUAUAAAUACAUAACCUCUUCUCGAUUCUAUAUCGCAAAAGAGCAAUAGCCAUUCUGAAAUCUCCAUAUUUCCCCCUUCAAUUCUCUUUAUUUCCAGCAUUCUCACUCCAAGCUCCAUUAUUUCAACGAUUUCUUCUUCUCCUUUACUCUGCAAAAAAUGUCACUGAUUCCUGCCUUCUUUGGUCGCAGGACCAACGUUCUAGACCCGUUUUCUCUAGACAUUUGGGACCCUUUCCCCAGUUUCCUGUUCCCCUCAAAUUCUCUCUCUGCAGAAGCCUCUACCUUCGCUAACACUCGAAUUGAUUGGAAAGAGACUGAAAAUGCCCAUGUUUUCGAGGCCGAUUUGCCGGGACUGAAGAAAGAGGAGGUGAAGGUGGAGGUCGAGGAAGGCCGGGUUCUAAAAAUCGGUGGAGAGAGAAAGAAAGAAUCGGAGGUGCAGAAUGAUAAGUGGCACAGGAUAGAGAGAAGUCGGGGCGAAUUCCUGAGGCGAUUCAGGCUGCCCGAAAACGCCAAGGUUGAUCGGGUGACGGCUUCGAUGGAGAAUGGGGUCUUGACUGUGAUUGUGCCCAAAGAGGAGGUCAAAAAGCCUGAAGUUAAGGCCAUUGAGAUCUCUGGCUGAGAAUUUUCGAUGAUUUUUGCUGUGUUCUUUUGUUUGUGUUUUGGAUUUUAUCUUUCUAUGUUUGAACUUGAUUUCGUUUGGGUGAGUCAUGAAUGUUUCUGCAUCAAUGGUCUUUCUUACAGUUGUUGCUUUAUUGUAGUCCUUGCA